GAGAAACAAACAAGACAAAAAGGACUUUUCCUGUAUUUGGACUGCUGGAAUCUCAGAAGAUCAGAUCUUUAGAUAUCUUGACAUUAGGAAAAGGAAUAUUCUACACUGGUGCUUUAGAAAACUUGUCUAAUAAAAUGCUUGGAGAAGCCUUCCUAAUUGGACUUCCAUACAAAGAACAGAAAUAUGGGAAGAUUUGCAGAACCUUAACAUGUAACAGUACCUCAAGGGAUGAAAAAGAUACCUGGAAAAGUAAGUUUCUAGAUGUAGAAGACAAUUCACUGCUCCCUCUUAGGAUGGAAAGCCAAGAAAAAAUUAUGAAAGGAAGUAUAACAGAAAAAAGUAAUGAUACAACUCAAAUGAAGUCUGUGGAUGAGCUCUCUGUGGCAAAACACAAAAGUGCAACUCUUCCAGGAAAUGUGUCCGUUGCAUUGCCCAUUCCAAAGAGAGAACAUGAUGAAAGACAAGUGGAUUUAUAUCGAUCCUGGUCAUGUACGAAUAUUUGUCAGAAUUAUCCAGACCUACAGAUUGGAGGUGACCAUGUGGGAAACAUGUAUGAUUCAGGCUGCUUUGUGGAACACACACAUGAUGAUGUUUUUAAUGGCCCCCUUUUGCUUUCAGUGGAUAUACCAUUGGGCCGUUCCUCUAUCAUUGAGCCUCCAGAGAAAAUAUUCACUACAAAGUUAGUGAAUGGGGAUGAAAUUCGAGAAAAAAGUAUGUUGUUACAUAAGGAGCCACUGUCAAAUUCUAUGCUUAAUAGUUACAUGGAAAAAAAGGUGAAUGAACUCUACAAACAAUUUUUGGAAGAAAAUCUCACCAGGUGCCGCUCCAUAACCAAUCUUAUGGCUUCCAAUCUGCUGAUGAAUAACGUAAAUCAAAUUAGUCUUCAAAUCUCUCAAGAGCAUAACAUAGAGAUAUCAAAAGCCCGGGAAGCUCUCCUACACUCCUUAGCACUAUGCAAUCUUCAUAACAUUUCCCAAGGAAACAGCUCCGAAAUCAGCACUCCUAACUUGCAAAUAUCAAAGCAGACAAAUAUAGAAAGUAUGAAUCAAGUGUGGGUUAGUAGGACUAAGUUAUGAGACUCCAGUAACAACUUUAUUCUCUGCCUUAACUGUGUUUUGUGGAGUGGAUUUUACAUUUUUUUGAGAAAUUGUUGACUCAUGGUACAUUGAGUCCUUGUAAGUGAUAAUGAUCAUAACUAAGAAAUAGGAAUGUCUGGUCUUACUGUUUGACAUCUUUCGUUUUUGUACUAUUCAAGUUUGGGUGUUCGUUUGUGUUUAUCUAAGUGCCCCUAGAACUCCAAAUUGAUUACCUUAUUGUCCAUCAGCUUCAUUUACCAAGGAAGAGCAUUGAGGAGUGCUUCAUUGCUGGAAACUACUGAAAAGAUCACAAAAGCUGCCAUUUAUUUCUCAUAAAAAGCCAUUUAUUUCUCAUAGAGAAAAAGGAUCAGUGUUUCCUCAUAUUUCUAACACAUAGGAUCAUGUGUGAUGACAAUCAGAAUCACCUAGGGGAAAUUUAUAUAUGCAUAUGCAUGUGUAAAAAUCUAUGGAAUAAAACACUUUGAACUCAAAUAGAAUUUAACUGAUAUUUGAAAGCAAAAUGGAAGGGAAGGCUUAAGGCACAGUAGGGACUUUACUGGUGGUACUACAAUUAAAACUUUUUGGUUUGAACUCUCCUUCCGUGAGCAUCAGCUUUUUUGGCAGUCAUGGGGCUUGAGUUCAGGGCCUUGGGGCUGUCCCUGAGCUCU